AUGGCCCUCAGGAGGAAAGAUGAAUGUGGUAAAAGGCCCAUUUUUGAGGGUGGAGCUCAGUAUUCCAGAAUCAUAGGGGGCGCAGAGGCUGAGGUGGGUGAGUUCCCAUGGCUGGUGAGCAUUCAGGCAAGAAAUGAACAUUUCUGUGGUGGUGUGAUCAUCAACGAGUGGUGGAUUAUCACCGCUGCCCACUGCUUAGUCUCUGACGAGCUGGUCCCAACAGACUUGAACGUCGUGCUGGGAACCAACGACCUACACAGCCCAUCCCUGGAAGUAAAGGGGGUCACCAGCAUAGUUCCUCACAAGGACUUUAAGAUACUCAACAUGGACAGUGAUAUCGCCUUGCUGCUGCUGGACUCCCCCAUCACCUUCAGCGGCCUGAAGGAACCCCUCUGUGUGCCCAGGCAGCCCAGCCCCUCCAGGUGGCACGAAUGCUGGGUGGCAGGAUGGGGACUGACUGACACUGCUGACAAAAACUCUAUGACAACUGAUCUGAUGAAAGUGCCAAUGAUCAUCAUGGACUGGGAGGAAUGUUCAAAGGUGUUUCCAAAACUUACCAAAAACAUGCUGUGUGCUGGGUUCAAGAAUGAGAGCUAUGAUGCUUGCCAGGGCGACAGUGGGGGGGGGCCUCUAGCCUGCAGCACAGAAUCUGGCAAGAUAUGGUACCAAGUAGGCAUCACCAGCUGGGGAAGGAGCUGUGGACAGAAGAACACCCCAGGAAUUUAUACCUUGUUAGAAAACUUUAGCCUCUGGAUCAAGAAGGUGACUGAGUUAGAGGGAAGGCCCUUUAAUGCUGAGAAAACGAGAGCUCCCACCAAUCAGAAACCACUAUGCUCCCUGGCCUCAGAGUUCCCAGGGCCAGGCAGCCCCAGAUUCUGGCUCCUGCUCUGCCUUCUGGCCUCCUUGCUGUUCUAGGCCAUUUCCUACGGAUAA